AUGAACGGCGCCAUCUUCUACAAAUAUUGGAGUCUCAGCAGUGAGCACAGGGAGAGAGUUAAGUGCAAUUACGAGCCGCUUGGACUGAAACCCAUCGGGAUAAGCAUCCAAACCAAAAUCGAGAUAGCAUUGACCACAGGCAGCGCACAACUUGGGAUUUGGACGGCUGCAUGGCAUCGCCGCAUCAGUGAGCUUUUUGUCAUCGAUCCGGCCACGGAGCGCAUCGUCACAUUGCCGCUUCUAUUUUGUCACGGCCAUGUUUGGCGUCUUUACUUUGCUUGCGACCGGGGACAAAAUAUUACGAUUAUCGGGCCUAUUGAUGUCGGGUCUACAAACGAUAUUAUUCAAAUCUAUUCUCUUGUGGCAGUGUUGCGCGAGCUGUGCAAACGGGUCGAGGGUCCGUUCCGCGAUUGGCUUGCAUACGCGAUUGGGUUGAAAGAGAAGCCAGAAGAGAUAGUGUAG